GACUGAUGAUGCCAGACGGCCGGCCGCUAGGGUCAACCUUGGUGCAGAAAAGCGAGACAAUUAUAACUGAAGUAUUUAUGCCUUGUUCAUUUGUCUUUAUGGGACUCUCCACCGACUUUUAUGCGAUGAAGGAAGCUGGGUGGUCUGCUUUGCGCCCGCUAUUUGGCUUGGUUAUUUCUGGUUACUUGUCGAAAUUCUUCUGCACUAUGCUGGCUGCUAAGGCGGUAGGUGUGUCAUGGAGAGAUAGCCUUGCUGUCAGCCUUAUUUUGAGCUUAAGGGGUUACGUGGAGCUUGUUCUCUACGUCCAUUGGGUGGACAGAAAUGUGCGUUGCUUGCUUGCUGCUUUGCUUUCAUUUAUUUAUUACUAAUGUAUUUAGUUUCUUUCAUUCGAUCUUCUCUCUUUAGUUAGUUUACUUUUCUUCUUGUUUACAAGCACAGGUAAUAGGUUUACCAGGUUACUCUUUGAUGAUAUUGGGAACGAUAGUUGUAGUGGGGAUUCUGACACCUUUGAUCAGCAUUUUGUACGACCCCUCAAAGCCUUACAUGCUAAAGCAGAGGAGGACCAUUCAACAUACCGCUCAGGGUGACCACCUUAGGAUACUAGUGUGCAUCAGGGACAAAACCAAUUUGCCAUCCCUUGUUAACCUGCUUCAACUCUUUCAUCCUACUGUUCAGAACCCUUUCUCCCUUCACGCUUUUUACCUUGUGGAGCUCAUCAGCCGUGCCAACCCUGUGUUCGUAGAGCACCAAAACCAGGAGCUUGAAGACCUCUCCGGUAGGUUCCCUGACUUGGAAAUCAUCCACCAUGCUCUAAAGCAGUAUCAAGAAGGGAGAGAAGAAUGCGUAGAGCUCCAUCUUUUCUCUGCCGCUACCGUUAAACCAACCAUGUAUCAGGAUGUGUGCAAGCUUGCUUUGAUAAGCAAGGCUGUUUUCAUCAUUUUGCCUUUAAAGAAGAAAUUGGCCGGCGAGAUGGAGACAACGGAACAGUGGGGUGGUGAGUCUGGCUCUAUUAUCACCCAAAUCUUGGACAAUGCACCUUGCUCCGUUGGACUUCUGGUUGAAAAGGCGGAGCGAUGGCAGCUCCCCCAGAUUGCUUCCUACAACUUUAUUGUGCUAUUCCUAGGAGGACCAGAUUCUCGAGAGGCUUUGGCCUUUUCAGAUAGGAUGAGUGGGAACCCCUGUGUGUCCCUAACAGUAGUAAGGUUUCUUGCUUCAAAUGCAGAAGGAGAUGAUGAAAUGCAACGGAAGCUGGACGAUGGGGUGGUGACUUCCUUCUGGGUCAAGAACGAAGCAAACGAGAAGGUGAAUUACAGAGAGGUGGUGAUAAGAAAUGGAGCAGAUACAGCUUCAGCAAUAGUGGGAAUGGCGGCGGAGAAAUAUUAUCAUAUGUGGAUCGUGGGAAGGAAACAAGGGAUAAAUCCAAGUCUGUUGGAGGGGUUGUCAACCUGGUCUGACCAUAAAGAAGAGAUGGGGAUUCUUGGGGAUUAUCUCUCCUUUUCUGAAAGUGUUAACUCCGAUUCGGUGAUGGUGGUGCAGAAGCAAGUUUUGACAGGCAAAGGCCCCAACUUUUUUACUCCUCCUGGUUCUAUAGUGAGUUUUAUGCGGCGGGGGCGCUUGUUUUGGUGACCACACCUACAUAAUUUAUUUCUUUGCCUUUUAGUUGCUUACUGUUAACCUCCCAACACGAGCCUUCCUCUUUGUGGAAACAAGUCUGAAACUUCACAUUCAAGUUUCAUCGCCUGUAAUUUAAUAUUUAUGUUGGAAUAAAAUUUA